AUGCUGCCACCGUGGGUCCUCGGCGGCGACCGGUCGUUCCGCCGGCUCGUGCUCUUCUACGCCUACAGCCUCCCGACGCUACCGCUGCUGUGCUUUGUGGGCUUCUACCUCUGGCUCUUCUGGCUCGCCUUCUCGUUCGUGCUGCAGCUUUUGUUUGCGCCGUUUGAGCGGACCGCCGGCUUGCGCGGCUUCUGGCGUGCCUUUCUGCGCGAAAACGUCACGUCCGGCUUCCUCGAGUGGCUCUGCCGCUGGGAAAUCCGCGCCCGGAACGUCUACACGCCCAAGCUCUACAUCGAGCCGACGCGGGACGUGGUCUUGGAGCCGUACCUUCUUCGCGUUGCGACCUACUUUGUCGUGUGGAAGUUCAUCGAGCUCUGCGUCUGCGCCGGCCUCGUCGUUAGCUCUACAUUCUUCUUUGUGGACGCGCAGCUCAGGGGCAAUCUGCACAUCGUUGGCAUCCUGUACAUCGUCCUGAUCUUGCCCGUCGCCUUGCGCCUCCUCGCGCUCGCCAAGGUUAGCUGCAGCACGUACUGCCUCACGCCUGUCUUUGAGCCCGACUUUGCCUACAUCGCACUCUUCGACGAAGGAAUGCUCGAGGUCGUCAAGGACCGCGCACGCCGGCGGGUCACCCCCGGCAGCGACCUCGUCGACGGACUCUCGAUCGUCGCGCCGUCCAACGGUGACAACGCGUACUACUGCAUUCCAGUGCCCACCAAAUGUGCCAAUAUGUAUCCCGAUGCGACGAUCCCGAUGCUACAGCACUCGGCCGAGAGCCUCCCGCAGCUGCCGCCGCAGGACGAAGCCGUGGCCAUGCAACCACCGGUGUCCGUUGCGAUGCGACCGCCAGAAUCGAUGACGACGCGUGACUCGAACACGCCCGAGAGUAUUUUGCCUGACGUACUGCCGCGUGUGAUCUACGUCACGGAGCCUCUGCAGGCCCCUGUUCCUACGUACGACCCGUUCACCGCGUCGUACCAAGACGUACCUUUAGGCGCCUACCGCAGCCUGGACGUGCCGAUUCACAGCACGCAAACGCUUCCGCCAGCACUGCGCUACGACGACGCUAGCUCCAUAGUAACCUACGACACGCUGUCACCGACUGCUUCGCUCAGUUCCCAACAAUCGCAGUCGUUCCAGCUGCCCCGCGUCUCGCGCGCCAUCGACGACCCUGCAAUCUCUGCUCGGUCCUCGACCACGAUCGACCCGGUGCACUUCUCAGCCUUUUGCCCGCCGGUUGUUAGCACAAGUGUCUUUACCUUCUCCAUCUGGGCCUUCCUCGUCCACCAACGCGACGAGAUGCGCGAAGAAGCGACGACUCGAAACGACGAUGGCGCCAAGCAGCUCUCGCGCGAGGUGCUCAUGCACGUCCGCCGCGGCGCGCGCGACCUCUCGCAGCCGCUGAGUCUCGUGACCGAACAGAAGCAGCAGAUUCUCAAGGGCGCGGCGUCCGGCUUUCUCAACAUGCACGAAGGCCGGUUCAUCCACCGUGACAUUGCGGCCCGCAACUGCCUCGUGGACGCCACGCUGAACGCGAAAGUGUGCGACUUUGGCAUGUGUCGGCGCGUCGGCGCGGUGGGUGGCAGCUACUUUGCGCACGGGACGGGGCCGCUCAAGUACAUGGCGCCCGAGUCGCUGACGCCGCCGCAUGCGUUUUCGUACCAGUCGGACGUCUACUCGUUCGGCGUCCUGAUCUGGGAGACGUACCACGGCGUGAGUCCGUUUGCAGGUCUGAGCGGGGCCGAGGCGGCGGCGCGCGUCUUGUCGGGCGACCGAUUGGCGUUGUCAACGGCGAUUCCGCUGCAUCUGCAAGACCUUGUGACGCAGUGCUUUCGCGACGACCCGUCCAAGCGGCCGAGCAUGGCGCAGGUGCUCAUGGCGCUCGAGCGCCGGUAG